AUGAGUCCAUCUCCAUGCUCACCGCGCCACCGCGACCCCGUUCCUCGCGCAGGCGUCCGCGCUCCGCCCUUGUAUCCUCCUAGCAGCAGUUGUCCGGCCCCGCCAGGCGCGCGGCACCUCUGCGUCUCGCGCACGAGCUCCGCCGACGCACCGGCCACCGAGGCCUACUCCGCGGGCCAAAUCAAGGUCCUGGAGGGCCUCGAGGCCGUGCGGAAGCGCCCGGGGAUGUACAUUGGGAGCACAGGGGUCGAGGGCCUCCACCAUCUCAUAUUCGAGGUCGUGGACAACUCCAUGGAUGAGGUCCAGGGCGGCUUCGCGAGCGAGGUGCGGGUCGAGAUGGACCUCGCGGCCCGGCGCGUCACGGUCCGCGACGACGGCCGCGGCAUCCCAACCGACACGCACUCUAAGACUGGAAAGACUGCCCUCGAGACUGUCCUCACAGUCUUGCACGCCGGCGGCAAGUUCGGCACGGGCGGCUACGCGGUCUCCGGCGGCCUGCACGGCGUCGGCAUCAGCGUCGUGAACGCGCUGUCGGAGGUCCUCGACGUCCGCGUCUGGCGCGGUGGCACGGAGUACACGCAGCAGUAUAAACUGGGACACCCCCAGGACGAGCUGGCCGCGCGGCCCGCGCCGCCGGACGCGCCGAGCUCCGGCACGGAGGUCGCGUUCACGUACGACGAGUCGAUCUUCAUUCCGAGCGCGAAGCUCGACCCGGAGCGCGUGGUGUCGCGGCUGCGAGAGCUCGCGUUCCUGAACCACGGCGCGCGCGUGCACUUCCGCGCGGUCGGCGGCGCGAACGGCAGCGCGGCGUACGCGGAGUGGACGGAGUUCUGCUACACGGGGGGACUCGGCGCGUACGUGUCGGACCUGACGUCAGGCAAGGGCGCGCUGCACGAGACGCUGCACGUGCGGCGCGACGUCGAGGGCGUCGGCGUCGAGCUCGCGCUGCAGUGGUGCGACGAGGCCGGCUCCGCGGCGCCCACCAUCGUCGGCUUCGCCAACAACAUCAAGAACAAAGACGGGGGCACUCACGUCGAGGGGCUCCAGCGCGGCGUCACCAAGGUCGUGAACGACCUCGCCGAGCGCCGCGGGCUCCUCCCGGGCGGGGCCUCGGCGGCGCGUCUCAAGGGCGACCACAUCCGCGCCGGUCUCACCGCCGCCGUCUCGGUGCGCGUUGCCGAGCCGGAGUUCCAGGGGCAGACCAAGGACCGCCUGUGCAACGCGGAGGCGCGCAACGCGGUGCAGCAGGCGGUGACGGAGGGCGUCGGGGAGGCGUUUGAGCUCAACCCGGGGGUGUUUGAGGCCGUGGUCAGACAGGCGCUGCAGGCGCAGCGGCAGGACGAGGCGGCGCGGCGCGCGCGCGACGUCGUGCGGCGCAAGUCGGUGCUGUCGCACACGCGCCUCCCCGGGAAGCUCGCGGACUGCCAGAGCACGGACCCGGCGGAGACGGAGAUUUUCAUCGUCGAGGGGGACUCAGCGGGGGGGUCGGCGAAACAGGGCCGCGACCGCAAGUUCCAGGCGAUCCUCCCCCUGCGCGGCAAGAUCAUCAACUGCAUGAAGGCCACGCCCGAGCAGCUCCUCAAGAACGAGGAAAUCGCGUCUCUCAUUGUCGCGCUCGGCAUCGGCGCGCCGGGCGCGCCGCUCGACGAAUCGCAGCUGCGGUACCAGCGCGUGAUCGUCCUCACGGACGCCGACGUCGACGGCGCGCACAUCCGCACCCUGCUCCUCGCCUUCCUGUUCCAAUACAAGCCCGACUUGUUCGAGAAGGGAUAUGUCUACGUGGGCAUGCCACCGCUGUACCGCGUGGACGCGGGGCGCGGGCACGGCCCGGCGCGGUUCUGCUACGACGACGCGGAGCUCCGGGCGGUCCAGGACCACUUUGCGCAGCAGGGCGUGGAUGUGGCGAAGCUUUCCGUGCAGCGAUUCAAGGGUCUAGGGGAAAUGAACCCGCAGCAGCUGUGGGAGACGACGCUGGACCCAGCGACGCGCGUGCUCAAGCGCAUGUCGGCGCCGGACCAGGCGGAGGCGGCUGCGUGCCUCGAGCGGCUCAUGGGCAGCGAGGUGGGGCCGCGCAAGGAGCUGAUCGAGGCGAACGCGUCGCGGUUCGGAAUGGGCGACCUCGACGUGUGA